AAUAGAUUGAGUAGCGGCACAGAGCCAAUAGUCUAUAGCAGCAAAAGUUGCAAGAGGGGAAAUGCGAGUUCUUUUAAGCGGCUGGUAUGUCUCUCUUGCGGUGCGCUAGAAGAAUCCCUUGUUUAUCAAUACUCUAUCUGUACUUUAUUCGUGUGCUGCCUGCCACCUCUUGGCUCAAACCCCUCUUUGAAGCAGAGUGUUUUGAGCUCAACAAAUGACUCAUCUUUUUAACUCUACUGGAUCCUUCCGUCGGUAUCAUGGCACAAACGCAGUCCUUGGAAGGGGCCAAUACACGCAGGAGUCAGCUGGCCCCGUUCUCCGUACAGCUCUUGAAACACCACCAGAAUUCAGAUCAGGACAACAGCUCAUUGUUGAGUCUUUUCCCUGCAUCUUAUUGCAGCGAUUCUUAUGACUUGAUUUCGCCCGACGGCCGUGUUUCUACCUGUAUUGAGAAAGAGCUUAAUAUUGAACGCCUUAGCAGAAUACAUAGAUGGUUAUGGAUUGCAGGAAGUCCUGUGCCCCCUCGACCACUCCAUAGCCAGAUCUGGAAAGACCGAGAGAUCGUCAUCACGGAGAGGAUGGAUAUGCAUCUUAUAUGGACGACAGGCAAGAUCUUUAUCAAACCUCUCCCGCGAUUCUUAUUAGAGCCUACCGUCUGGACAGAGUUUCUUUGCUGCUCAGAGAAUUGUGAUUGCUCGACUAGUGCGGAUGACGAGACGCAGGGCUGUGAGCAACGGAAGCUUCACAAGGUCGCGUUAGGGUUCUUAUAUUCCUAUGCCGCCCUGAUACGGCAUGAAAGUGACCUACUGCUAGCGAAGGAGAGAUAUCUCCUUCCUAAUGACAACAUCCGCUGGUCCGAUUGGACAACAUUUAUACGACAGCUAGACACUGAACAUAUCUAUCCGGACAUCAACCCACGAUUCCACCAUAAGGAGUUACAACUAAGUCGGCUGAAUUAUAUCUACUACUUCAUCCAAGGGAAUCCAGCAGGCUUUGCACGCCGUUGGCACAGAUCUUCAGCAUUUGUCAAGGCGAAUCUUGGAUGGAUUACUGCGACGACUGUCUACAUAGUUGUCGUGCUCACAUCGAUGCAGGUUGGGCUCGCCACCGAGGCUCUGGGUCAGGACCACGCUUUUCAAUUAGCGUCAUAUGGCUUUACUGUCUUUUCAAUUCUCGGGCCCUUGAUUUGCGCUGGGCUAGUCGUUGUUCUCUCACUGUGUAUAUUGGUAUACGACGCGUCACAGACACUUGUGAAGACGAACAGACGGCUGGAGCAUUUCGGCCUACAAAUUGGCCAUGGCAGGAAUUAAGAUAAAUGGCUAUUAAGUUUAUAGCUUCAUAGAUGUAUUAGCUGCUGCUAAAAGUGCAUAUUGGUCUUUAUUUUUAGCUAAUACUUCGUAUUACAUAAUUAAUACUAAAU